AUGGCUCCAAUGAACCAUCCAGCUCCUGUGGAAGUCACAUACAGGAACAUGAGAUUUCUUAUUACACACAACCCAACCAGUGCGACCUUAAACAGAUUUAUAGAAGAACUUAAGAAAUACGGAGUUACCACAGUAGUGAGAGUAUGUGAAGCAACUUAUGAUCCUGCUCUUGUGGAGAAAGAAGGCAUCCAGGUUCUGGAUUGGCCCUUUGAUGAUGGUUCAUCACCAUCCAAUGAGAUUGGGGAUGACUGGUUAAGUCUUGUAAACAUCAAGUUUCGCGAAGAACCUGGCUGUUGUAUUGCUGUUCACUGUGUUGCAGGUCUUGGGAGAACUCCAGUGCUUGUUGCCCUAGAAUUAAUUGAAAGUGGAAUGAAAAAUGAAGAUGCAGUACAGUUUAUAAGACGAAAGUGGCAUGGGGCUUUUAACAGCAAGCAACUUUUGUAUUUGCAGAAAUAUCAUUCAAAACUGUGGCUGUGCUUCAAAGACUCUAGUGGUCACAGAAACAACUGUUGCAUUCAAUAA